AUGGCGGUUCAUGGCAGCAUCGCUCAGCUCUCGAUCCCUCUUCCGCAAUCCUUGGACACGCGCGUCUACCUGCGCUUGUCGACGCAGGCCAAGGCCAUCGUCCUCUGCCUCACGACGGCGUCGCUGGACCAGCUCGCAGGACCAAAACCCAUGGGCUCGUUUGUCUACGCUCUGCCCGACCGCUUCAAUCCGCAGCAGCCGCUGUCAACCACCCUCUUCUCUCAUGAGCCAACCAUCGAGUUCGCCACGCGGCUGGCCAAGAUGAUUGCUCGCAAGUCGCAGCUUCCCGUCUACGUCACCAAUUCCAUGAUAGUGGCCGACGCCGGCAUGGGUGGCACCGUCGAGGAAGAGAUGGACGUGCUCAGAGCCAUUGUUAAGCUGACUCUCGAGCGGCUCCCCGCAGGCAUCGCAUGA